GGCGAGGCCAGGCAGAUCGAGGGAGAAAGUAACUUUUGCAGGCCCUGCUCUCCGCUCUGGGCCCACAACAAACUCCAACUCCCAGGAUUCCAUAGCCCUGAGCCAGGCCGGGUUCCCUCUCCAGUGCGGAUGCGGCCUUCGAUUGUUGGCCUGAGGAGGGCCUCGUUUCCCUUCCCUUCUGAACCCGGAGCCUCCUUGCUCUAGAUAAACAAAACGGCCUCCUGUGAGUAAACAGGCAGAUGGCUUCAUGCUGAACGGAAUGUCCAGCCAUGUUCCCUAGGUUAAUGAUUCUCCAGAAGGAGGCCCUGAGCAGAGCAGAGAGUGAGAGAACGCCAGCAAAGCCCAAACUCAGCAGAAACCCUGGCAAGCGGCUGCCACUCACUAGCCUCUGGACAGCUGCUGGUUCCCCCUUUGCAGCACACUGGUGCCACCCCUCCUCUCAGCCCUGCCACUCCUGGGAAAUGGUCCCUUAAGGCAGGCAGAAGAGACCUCCUUCGUGCCAGAGGCACCUUCUUUUCUUCCAUAGAGUCACAAUGGCAGGAAAGAGUUAUGGCUAUUAUCAGCUGGUUAUAUUCACUGCCAUGUAUGUGGGAUAUACCCUCUACUACUUCAACAGAAAAACCUUUUCCUUUGUGAUGCCUUCGCUCAUGGAAGAGAUAGACCUCGACAAGGAUGACCUGGGUCUCAUCACCAGCAGCCAGUCUGCAGCCUACGCCAUUAGCAAGUUCAUCAGUGGGGUUCUGUCGGACCAAAUGAGCGCCCGCUGGCUUUUCUCCUCUGGCCUCCUGUUGGUGGGCUUAGUCAACGUUGUCUUCUCCAGGAGCUCGACCGUCCCCAUCUUUGCAGGGCUGUGGUUCCUCAAUGGCCUGGCCCAGGGCCUGGGGUGGCCCCCAUGCGGGAAGGUGCUGCGCAAGUGGUUUGAACCUUCCCAGUUUGGGACUUGGUGGGCAGUCCUCUCCACCAGCAUGAACCUGGCAGGCGGGCUGGGCCCCAUUGUGGCUGCUCUGAUGGCGCUGAGCUACGAUUGGCGCACAACCCUGGCCCUAUCUGGCUCUGUGUGUGUGGCCGCCUCCUUUGUGUGUCUGCUCCUGAUUAAGAACGAGCCCUCAGAUGUGGGACUGCCCAACAUUGAGCCUGGCUCCAAGAAAGGGAAGAAGGGUUCUUCAGCAGGUGACAGCACCCUGGCUGAGCUGCUGCUUUCCCCAUACCUCUGGGUCCUAUCAACUGGCUAUCUGGUUGUCUUUGGUGUGAAGACAUGCUGCACAGACUGGGGCCAGCUGUUCCUCAUCCAGGAAAGAGGACAAUCUGCACUUGUGGGAAGUUCCUACAUGAGUGCCUUGGAAGUUGGCGGGCUGAUUGGAAGUAUUGUGGCUGGCUAUCUUUCAGACCGAGCAGUGGCACGCGUGGGCCUCUCCAUUUAUGGGAACCCUCGACACACACUUCUCCUCACCAUGAUGGCAGGCAUGUCUGCAUCAAUGUACCUCUUCCGGGUCACGGUCACAAACAGCUCUCCCAAGGAAAGCAACUCUUGGAUUCUAGCCCUCCACCCUCUUGCUAAUCUCGUGGGCUUAACAGAACAUGAGAUCUGGAUCCUGCUAUUAGGAGCUGCCUUUGGAUUUUGCUCUUAUGGACCAAUUGCAUUGUUUGGAGUCAUAGCCAAUGAAAGCGCUCCAUCAAACCUGUGUGGAACUUCUCAUGCCAUUGUUGCACUAAUGGCAAAUGUUGGAGGGUUCCUGGCUGGGCUGCCUUUCAGCACCAUUGCCAAGCACUACAGCUGGGGGACAGCUUUCUGGGUAGCAGAAAUGACUUGCACUGCCAGCACCUUGGCCUUCUUCUUCUUGAGAAACAUCCGAACCAAGAUGGGGCGUGUGCCAAAGAAGGCUGACUGAAGCGCAGCAGUGGCUUGGCUGUGGAGGAGCCUCCUGCUACAAUCAUCGAUUUUUUUUAAACAUCCUAGUAUGAGAGGCAGAACUAACCACUAAUGCUGCACCAUGACUUAGUCCUCUGCCGUUUUCUGGGAAAAACUUAGCAAAAUAAUCCACUUUAUGGAUUAUUUCCUAAAAAACAUAGGGAGCCCAUCAUGUUUUGGACUUAGUGAUCACAACUCUACUUAAACCAUGGUUUUCUCACUUGUAAUUAACUGCCACUUACUGCUGAUCUUAUGGGCAGCCCUCAUUUCUUGUCCAUGGGAAUCAAUGUAGAGAAGCCAUAUAAGAGCCUGCCUGGAGAGGGAGAUGCCCUUGUGUAUAAUACAGUACAAGACACACUCAAACAGCAAAAUGGUCUUGACUCACACCUGCAGAACUCUUCCCUCGCUUUCCAAGACAGCAAGGUCCACCAAACUGCAUUUGAAUAUGAGGCAGCCAUAAGAAGGAAAGAUGGCAUUCCUUAGCUAGAGGGACAUGGAACAAGGUACCCGUGUCUUGCUAGGCUUGUAUUUCAAGUUCCUGAGCCUGAACAGGGAAUGAAGGCACACAGGCACAGAUUUAGUGAGAUGUACUACUGCCUCAUCUCUCGACCCCUCUUAUCCUCCUUUAAUAUUGAGGGAAUGCAACUAUGGGAAGUCCUGGACAAUCAUGCAGCAAGACUGAAAAUAGUUAGAUAUUGUUACAAAUCGUGACUGUUAUAAUGGAGUACUCAUUGACUGAAAUAAAGGACAAUGCAGUGCAUGCCCAGGUA